AUGGCAUGCAAGACAUUUCUCAUCGCCGCAAUUGCCGUGUCCAGCGUCCUGGGGCAAUGCACCCAUAGCCACGACCAUGAGAUGCGAUGCACGAUCCCCAAAACUUCCGUAAACGCCGAAAGAGAUGCCAACAGCUUCGUCACUUCCACCAGCACGAAGGAAGUGUGCACUGGAGACGUCUGCAACACCAUUCCCCACACCAUCGUGUCCGCUGCCACGGUUUCGACAACCCUCUCGGACCCAAUGCCGGUUGAAAGCACCGCCAAGUCAACCACCACUGCCGCUUCCCCAGAGAUUGUCGGCGGUCCCGAGGAGAUCGAAGGGUGCGCCUACAUCGGCUGUUACGAUGACGAUGGGUCGGCACCCACGUUAGAACUUCAGCAUCUCGGGGUGGAUUCCUACUCCAUGACACGUGAGAAGUGCGUCGGGACUUGUUUGAACGAUGGCUGGGCAUAUGCCGGUGUGGAGUUUGGUAGAUAUUGCUUCUGCGGCAACGAGAUCACUUCUCCGCACGUCAUUGUCACUGGCAACAAGACUGUGCCAUACUACGGUGACAUUCUGCAGACCUGCUCUGAUCCGAAGUACACCUGUACUGGAGACGAGAUGCAGCAGUGCGGUGGUUUCCUCACCAUCAGCAUCUACCAUUGCCCGAGUAUGGACAAGGAUGAGCACAAGGAACAUGGCAUUGGCCCUGCGCAGUAG